GGUAGAGAGGUACCGAACGUCGCGACGGGUCAAACCUUUUUAAAAAACCCUAGCUUCUGUCAUUUCUUCCACUCGGUCUCUGCAAAUUUCUCCCGGCGUUCUCUCUCUCCCGUACGUCGUUUGUCUCUCUAAUCUCAAUCAAGGUAAUUCCUCAUCCAAAUUCUUCAAUUUCUUCAAACAUUAGGUUCAAUUUCUUCAAGUACUCUCCUCAAUUCGUGUAUCGGGUAUCAAUUUUCCCUUUUUCGUCCAAAAUUACCUAUUUUCUCAAAAAAAAAAACUCCAAAUAUGAGCGAAAUUGUUUCCGACGUUCAAUCCGAUGUUCAAGCUGGGUUCAAGGCUUACGUCGACCCACAUAUCAUUGAAGGGAGAACCCUUAAACAAGAUGACAUCCCAGUUGCCGUUCUUGAACUCAUUCAAGAACAUGGUUGGAGUUUCUUUCUUCAACUCCAAGCCCCCGUUUACCCGGAACUUGUUCAUCAAUUUUAUUCUUCGAUGAAAUAUCAUCCCCAAGACCCUUCCAUUACCGCCGUUGUAGGCGGAAAAACCUUCGGAUUCAACACCCAAAACCUUUCUGAAUGGUUUCACCUAGAGCGUCAAGGAGUCUCCACCUAUUGCAAAAAGGGGUGGAUUACCAACUCACGAGACUUUAACUCUGAUUCUUGCCUCCAAGUUCUAAACAACAUUGCCCUUGACCAUGUCUUUGAGGACCCGAACUACUUCCUUCAUCGGCCCAAUGUCCAAGACUUGCCCGCAAAUAGGUUCAUCCUCCUCAAAAUCCUCAAAGAAAAUGUCAUCCUCGUUCUUAACAAAGAUAAACAAGUCGGGGUUUAUGAAUGCACUCUCCUAUAUUUCCUCCUCACUCACAAGAAAAUCAAUCUUCCUUCCAUCAUCCUUAAACACAUGCACGAAUGCUCCAAUCACCAAAACAAACUCUAUGGCAUGCUUCUUACCCAUAUCUUCGCCAAGAGAGAAAUUCUUGAGGUGCGCCCUUCUCGCGUCCUUUAUCUUGACGCGGAGUGUCUUGGGUAUUGUGGCCUCGUAAAGAUGGGAGAGAAAUACUACAUGAAGAAGGAGUUCCAAAAUCUUGAUGAGGCGACACGAGCGGAGUAUGGCCCUCGACAAUCUAUGUCAUCCUUGCCUUCCACUUCACGAGCACCCCGAGCCGAAGCCGAAGAAAAUGCCAACACGGAGGUCCCCGUUCGUGCUCCCCGGGUCAAACGCUCAAAGUCGACGUCUCAUGCUUCCUCGGCCUCUCUCAUGCAUCGUCACUCCCACAUGGCCUCCACUUCCAAAAGUCCUUUCAAGAAGUUCAAGAAAUUCAUUCUCAAGACCGUGGUGGCUCCAAUGAAAAAACUUCAAGAAAGCCUCGAUGACCUCUCGGAUUGCGUGAAGAAAAUGGAGGACCAUGAGAAUCGCCAAAAGCAAAAUGAGGAUCGUGCUUCUAGACGUCAUCGCUAAGUGUUGGGCAUUUGAAAAAAUGAUCAAACAUUCUCUUCUUUAUGUUUUCAAAACAAUUAUGUAUUUUGUUUUAUGUUCCAAAACUCCUUAUCAUGUCUUAUGUUUAAAACUCGUAUUUAUGCACUUUUAUGAUUAAAAACCCCUUUGACAU